AUGCCUUCUUUCAUGAAUGAACUUGAAGGAAACAGCACGCAAGACCCUGGUGAUCUCAAUGUUGCCGGGGCAGAGCCAAUAGCCAUCAUCGGACUGGCAAUCCGUGCCGCUGAUGAGGCCACAGAGGCCGAAGCUUUUUGGGAUUUCCUGCUAAGAGCGCGACAGGCCACUCGGCCAAUCCCAGAGGAUAGACUUAGCUCUAAGGGAUUCUAUCAUCCAGACCCAGAUCAUGGGGGAACAUUCUAUGCCAAGGGUGCUUCCCUUCUCGGAGAGAGUCCCAAUGGAUUUGAUUCCGCAUUUUUCAAGAUGAGCAAAACAGAAGUGCAAAGUCUUGAUCCUCAACAGCGGAUUCUGAUGGAAAAUGUAUAUCACGCCCUGGAAAAUGCCGGUCUUCCGAUGGAAGAAGUCAUCUCCUCGAACACUUCUGUUUUUGUCAGUGGCUUUAACCGGCAUCAUGCAGAUCGCAUCAACAGCGACUUAGAGCUUUCAUUCAAGCACAAGCCUACCGGUGCUGAAAAUUCGAUGAUUUCGGGGAGAGUAAGCUGGUUCUAUGAUUUGCAAGGAGCCAGUCUUACUAUUGAUACUGCUUGUUCGAGCAGUCUCGUUGCUCUUCAUUUGGCAAGACAAGAUCUUGCCGCAAGAGAAAGCAAAAUGGCCAUCGUCAGUGGCGUGAGCGUAAUGGGGUUUCUCCCUCAUUUGAUGUCUAUGACAUACUCGGGCCUCUUUGGCGCAGAGGGAAAGUCAAUGGCAUUUGAUCAGCGCGCUGAUGGAUACGGAUUUGGAGAAGGCGUCGGAACUGUCAUCCUCAAGCCCCUUUCUGCCGCUGUGCGCGACGGCGAUACCAUCAGAGCCGUCAUCCGCAGCACUGGCAUCAAUCAUGAUGGCCACACUCCUGGCCUCACAUAUCCCAGCCCAAUAGCACAGGAAUCAUUAAUUCGCAAAACCUACAAAUCGGCCGGGCUGGACCUGAAAGAUACUACAUAUGCAGAGAGCCACGGAACGGGCACACAAGCAGGCGACCUGAUCGAAUGUACAGCCAUUGCGGCUGCAUUUGAUACACAAAACCGAGAUUCACCAUUUUACAUUGGCGCCGUGAAACCCAACAUCGGCCAUCUCGAGGGAGCUGCUGGUAUUGCCGGUGUAAUCAAGUCAGUCCUACUUUUGGAAUCUGGUAUCAUACCCCCGAAUGCGACUUUGAAGGAUGUCAAUCCGAAGAUCCCCGAGGCCUGGAAUGUUCACUUUCCCAAAAAAUGCAUAUCCUGGCCUACCUCUGGUGUACGCAGAUCAUCCAUAAGUGCAUACGGAAUAAGUGGAACCAACGCACAUUGCAUUCUGGACGACGCAUUUCAUUUUCUCAAGGAACGUGAUAUAUCUGCGCCUCAUAGGACCCGACAAACCGUCCCCACACGAGAAGAGAUUGAAAGUCUUCUUGCACAAGUUUCGCAAAAAUACAAGGCCGAAGGUGAAGAUCACAAGCAACAAAAUUCCUUGACAAAUGGCCACGAAUCUACCACGAAUGGCAUCCACGUCACAGGUAACAUUAAUGGCAUGAAUGGUGUCAACGGCACAAAUGGUGUCAAUGGAACAAAUGGCGUCAAUGGCACGAAUGGCAUCCAUGGCAAAAACGGUACCCACGGAGCCAGCGGCCCCAACGGUGUCAACGGUGUCAACGGUGCAAAUGGUGCGAAUGGUGUCAACGGGUUCAAACAUGAGAAUCAAAGCUCCAAUGACCUGGUUCUUCAAAGCCGUCAAGUCCCCAAAAUCUUGCUUCUCUCGGCCUUUGAUGAGACAGCACUGAAGAAAGUAGUUGCAGGCGUCAGAGAGCAUGUUGCAGGCUGGCCUCUACAAUCUGACAAUAUCGCCACCCAAGCGUUGGAUGACCUCGCCUUCACUCUUUCCGAAAAAAGAUCUCGACUCGCCUGGAAGAGUUAUGGAUUGUGCGGGUCCGUACAAGAAGUUCAGGACAAGUUUUCUGAAUUUCCAUCAAAACCGAUCAAGUCCCGGACGCCCUUGAGGAUAGGAUUUGUUCUCACUGGGCAGGGUGCCCAAUAUGCAAAGAUGGGAGAGCAGUUACUCGUGUAUCCGGUCUUCAGACAGUCAAUGGAAGCGGCAGAGGCAUAUUUCCGAUCUCUAGGGAGUGAGUGGUCACUGAUCGAAGAGCUCCGUCGCGAAUCGAAAGACUCCCGGGUAUCGACAUCCGCGCUGGCGCACCCUAUGUCUUGUGCUGUCCAAAUCGCAUUACUUGACCUUUUCAUCAGUUGGAACCUGAUCCCCCACCGAGUCACGGGUCAUUCAUCCGGAGAGAUUGGGGCUGCUUACCUCGCUGGUAAGAUCUCACGGGAAGCAGCAUGGAAAGUGAGUUACUACCGGGGUUCUGUCCAUCUCCGGGGUAAGUCACAUGCUGCUGGGGGUAUGAUUGCAGUCGGACUUGAGGAAGAGCCUUUGCUUCUUCUUCUUAAAAAGGUCCAUGCGAAGCUUCCUGGGGGGACUUUGUCGAUCGCAUGCUUUAACAGUCCCCGUAAUCACACGGUCUCUGGUGACGAUGCAAUGGUGGUUGCUUUGAAAGAGCUUCUCGAUGAGCAAGGAAUAUUUGCCCGAAAAUUGAAGGUGGGCCAUGCUGCUCACUCUGCUCAUAUGGAGGCUCUCUCUGAAGACUACGAAAAUUUAAUGGGGAUCUUACCAUUAAAACGACUAUUGCGUUUUGGCCAUACCAUACACAUGUUUUCCACUCUCACCGGCCGCUUACUUGACGAUACCUGUGUGCCCGAGAAGGGAUCUCACUGGUGUGACAGUAUCGUUGGUCCUGUGCGAUUCACAGAAGCCCUUAAGUCCAUGUGCUUUGAUGCCACCGAAGGAGAUGGCAUCUCAACGCGUGGCACAUGUGUUGACGUGAUCUUGGAAGUGGGACCUCACCCUGCCAUGCAAAGUGCAGCAAAGGAUAUUAUCGGUUCAGCUGUUGAGAUACCAUACUUUGCCACUCUCACUCGAAAGGACACAGGGCUGAAGACUCUGCUUCACACGAUAGGACAGCUGGCCGCCCUUGGUGCUGAUGUUGACUUGGACAAAGUUAACCGAGCAACCAAUCCCCUCAUUGAUCCUAAUAUGAUUGUCAACUUGCCAAGCUACCCGUUCAACCAUGAAGAACAAGGGCUCUACGAGAGUCGCUUGAUCAAAAACACACGUCUUCGCAAGUUCCCUCGCCAUGACCUGUUUGGAGCCCCCGUUGCCGACUGGAAUCCCAAUAGUCCACGUUGGCGACACUUCCUUCGUGUUUCUGAGAACCCGUGGCUCAAGGAGCAUGUGGUUGGCGCCGAUUACGUAUUUCCGGGCGCUGGCUACGUCGUGAUGGCGUUGGAGGCCAUGAAGCAGAUCGCUGACCCUGCCGAGCUAAUUGGUAUAAAUCUCCGAGACAUUGUCUUCAAGUCGAUGUUGGUUGUUCCGGACACAACCCAAGGCAUCGAAGUCUGCCUGUCGUUCUAUCCCGAGGCGGACUCUAAAACCACCAUUUCAAAUUCAUGGAAGAGAUUUGAGGUUGCCUCUUAUGAUCAAACUACCGAAGAAUGGGUCGAGCAUUGCACUGGUAAAAUAUCACCAGAUUACAAGGAUCCUGUCAAUCCCAUUGAUACUUCUCGCCAAGAGGGUUUGGAGAAAGCCAAGUGGUUGGAAUUCGUGGAAGCCAGAGAGGGCGAAUGCAAGGAUCCGAUUGAUUUUGCUCCGCUUUAUGCGCAUCUACGGGAUAUCGAUAUCAAUCACGGCGAAUCCUUCCGCAACAUGUUCAACACCACAAUCAGUGGCCGCGACAGUGGUUUGAUGACGGGCGAUAUCAUCGUCCCUGACAUCAAGCGAUGGAUGCCAAAGGAGUAUGCACAUGACCAUCUCAUUCAUCCGACCACUCUCGACAACGCAUUCCAAGCAGCGUUCGCGGCAAUCUUUGAUCUAAAGGGCUUCCCUGGCCUUCACGAUAGCUUCGAAAUUGAUAUCCAGUCGUGGGAUCCUUCAAAUGUCAGCGCGAAGCUGUUUUCAUUGACUGGAGCGAAAAUGGCCCCAUUCAAGCCAGCAAGAAGUGAUGAAAAUCCAAGUGACGACAAGGCUUCCUACUCCAUUGAUUGGCACCCUGACUUGGACUUGUUGAACAACGAUGACCUCCGGAAGCUCGUGCCAUCUUCGUUGAACUCCACCGUUAGCUAUCAGGCUCAGUUAGAAUCGUUGAGUAAGCACCAACUCGCCUCGACUCUGUUGGCGACGGAUGGUCUUUUGGCUAUUCGAGGUCUCGAUGAUUCCGCAUUGGAACCUCACCACAAAAAGUAUCAAAAUCUACUCCGGGACAUUGCCGCAAACAUUUCAAUCGAUUCGGUUCCAUAUGUGCCAUUGGAGAAAUGGUUGAAAUAUUCUCGCAAUCCUGGCCUGAAAAGGCAGCUCUAUCGCGAGGUCGAAGCCCGAACCCUUGAUGGACAGUUGCUGAUCAGAAUGGGUUCCCAAAUAUCGGCCAUCUUGAGGAAGGAUGUCACGGCUGAACACCUUCUCUUUGGAAAGGACAAUCUCUUUUAUGAUUGGGAUGAAACCACAUUGUUACAAGGUAACAUUUUACCUGUACUUGACCAGUAUCUCAACAUCCUGCGCCGCAGCUACCGCAGCUUGCGCAUCCUCGACGUUUCGGGUCGUACAGGAAAUUUGGCUGAACAUGUCCUCAAGACCCUCUGCCAAGCAAAUGACCUAUCGCCCAUCGAUAAAUACGUUAUUGGUUCCGUGUUUGAUGGUGCUUGUCCACCAACGAAGGAACGCCUUGCUGCAUGGAAUAGCAUCGUGACUUACAAAACACUUGAUUUGGGAACCGACAUCGUUGAGCAAGGCUUCGAACUGGACUCCUUUGACUUCAUCAUUGCCAACAACGUUGUUCACACCGAGCCAAACAUGAAGGAAGUCUUCCAACGAUUAAACUCCUUGAUAGCUCCAGGGGGACGAUUGCUUGUCUUCGAUGAGACCCGACCGGAGUCACUUCACUCUAACAUUUCUUUCGGCAGCUUGGCUGUUUGGUGGCAGGCAACUGAGUCCUUCCGAAGCAAUGGGCCCUUUACCCCAAAGGACGAAUACAACAGGCUUCUGCGAGAGACUGGGUUCUCAGGAACCGAUUUCGACGCUUCAAGCUCUGCCUACACAGAGUUUGCUGACUACACCAUGAUGGCGUCCACCGCAAUCAAGCAGCCGUCGCAAACCGCUGCCCCAGUUUUGGAAGUUCUCCUCAUCCUUCAAUCUCAGUCAGAGAUGUCUCGCUUGUUCACGAAGCGGCUGAUGAACGCAGGUGUAAAGUAUUCAGUCUGCGAACUUGAUGAGCUUGACACGGUGAGCGUUGCGGGCAAAACUUGCAUCUCCUUCCUGGAGGCAAACCGGCCUAUUCUGAACAAUGUGGAUGGUAGCACAUUCUCAAAAAUUCGGGACUUGCUUAUUGCGUGCAGCUCAUUGCUGUGGGUGAUGGGCGACCCCCUGACGCAGCCAGAAUUCCAAAUGGCACCAGGCUUGUUACGUACCAUUCGCUGGGAACAAGAUCGCGAAAACUUGAACCUGGUCAGUUUAUCCCUGGACGGCGAAGCGACCGCUACCGUGGAGAGCAAUUCGGACGCAAUUUUCCGGGUCUUCAAACAUCAAUUCCUUGCUGGGCCUAAGAACACCAAUGCCGAGUAUCGCGUUCGGAAUCAAGUCGUUGAAACAAAUCAUCUUGUCAAGAACACAAACGCAAACACAGCGAUUGAUGCAAAGCUCUUGCGGCCAAAGCCAACUCUUUUCCAAUGGGACCAGAUUGGGCGACCUGUGCGAUUGACCAGUCCUCAGCCAGGCGUCGAUAGCCUUGUGUGGAACACGGAUGAUAAUUAUGUCGAACAGCCACUGGCAGAAAAUGAAAUUGAGGUCGAUGUUCGCGCUGUUGGACUCAACUUCAAGGACCUGUUGGUGGCUAUGGGAGAAAUCGCCCAGCCAGGCUUUGGACACGAGGCUGCUGGUGUUGUGCGCAAUGUUGGAUCGUCUGUCGGUGGCUUGAAGCCUGGGGAUCGAGUCAUGUGUUUAGGAGAUCCUUCCCCCGGUAGAAUGGGCACAUUGCGCACCUACAGUCGCAUCCAUUCGGAUCUGGCGAUCAAGAUUCCUGAAAGUCUCAGCUUCGAAAUUGCCGCAGGACUACCGGUUAUCUAUGGAACAGUCAUCUAUUCCUUAGGUCAUAUUGCUCGGAUUCGCGCCGGUGAUAAGAUCCUGAUCCACGCUGCCGCUGGUGGUAUUGGGCAAGCUGCUAUCCAAUACGCAAAGGUCAAGGGAGCUGAGAUCUUUGUGACUCUGUCAAGCAUUACCAAGAAGAACUUCAUCAUGAAGACUUUCGGAAUUCCUGAAAGCCACAUUUUUUCCAGUCGUGACUUGAGCUUCUCGCGGGGAAUUAAACAUAUUUCCCCCGGUGGUGUUGAUAUUGUUCUCAACUCGCUGAGCGGCGAGGCACUACGAGAAUCGUGGGCUUGCGUCGCACCGUUCGGUCGGUUCAUCGAGAUUGGAAAGCUUGAUCUUCAAGCUGGGUCAAAGCUUGAUAUGACUCCAUUCCUCAACAAUGUCACCUUUGCCGGGGUGGACCUGAAUGCUUUGGCAGAAGAGCGCCCCGGAAUAUGCCAGGAUAUUUUGAAAGAAUUGAUGGAGUUGUGGUCGGCAGAAAGCGUUCGCGAAGCUCGACCCACACAAUCCCUUGGUUAUGGCCAACUCAAGGACGGAAUGCGACUGUUGCAAACAGGAAAAGGCAUGGGAAAAAUCACGCUCGUUCCAGACUCGCAUCCCGUGUUGGCUAUGCCAGCUCCUCUCUCUCCUCUCACGCUAGACGCCAAUGCAUCAUUCAUACUAGCAGGAGGUUUGGGUGGUAUCGGCCGUAGCAUUGCGGUGAGGCUGGCUACAAUGGGUGCAAAGCAUCUGGUUUUCUUUUCACGGUCCGCAACUGUGUCUGAAGAAGGUCAGAAAACAAUUGCACACCUCAAGUCUUUGGGCUGUACCAGCCAUGUCUUCCAAUGUGAUAUUUCGGACAGCGCCCGUCUUGCUGAAGUCUUCACGGAGAUCAAGAACAAGUUGCCACCGGUCAAGGGAUGCAUACAAUGCAGCUUUGUUCUCAGAGAUGGGGCAUUCCACGCCAUGACCCACCAAGAUUGGCAGACCGCACUCGCUCCCAAGGUCUCCGGAUCUUGGAACCUUCACAACCUGCUGCCAGAUGUGGACUUCUUCUUGAUGCUGAGCUCUAUUACCGGAAUUGUUGGUAACCGAAGUCAAGCCAACUACAAUGCAGGUAACAAUUUCCAGGAUGCACUUGCCCGUUAUCGUGUCUCGAAGGGGAUGAACGGCACCAGCGUCAACCUCGGUGCCGUUGUUGGCAUUGGGUUUAUUGCUGAAAAUUCCGAAUAUGCUGGGAAACACACAUUCAAGGUUGCCAACCAGCAAAACGAGGAAGAGGUGUUGACGACGGUUGAGUAUCUGAUCGAUGGUCGUUAUCACACCAACAUGACAGAAAGAACCGCGCAGCUCGUAUGCGGCCUACGAACUCCAGCUUCUUUCAGUAUCGGCGACGAAGAGGCACCAACUCACCUUACGUACCCCAUGUUCUCACAACUUCCACCAGCCAUUCCUAAGUCCGGACUCGCUGCUGGAGCAGAAGUUCAGUCUGUCACCCGUGUCCGCGAUCUUCUCCAAGCAGCCCCCACCCAAAGUGACGCCGCACAGAUCAUCAUCAAGGCUAUCCGGCACAAGAUGGCAGACUUGCUGAAUAUCUCUGAUGAUUCGUUCGAUGAUUCGCUCAAUGCCCGCACAAAUGGAGUUGACUCGCUAAUCGAAAUGGAGUUCCGGACAUGGUUGGGAAAGGAGUUGGGCGCCACUGUCUCCUUGAAAGAUCUGGCGAAGGAUUUGACACAGCUGAGUGCAAGGAUCGCUUCACUGAGUUCACUCACCAACUUCGGUUGA